AUGUCAAGCCAGGAGAAUGAAGCCCCUUUGCCUGAAGGAUGGGAGAUGAGAACUAGCCGUUCCACGGGUAUGACUUACUUCUUGAACAUGUACACUAAGAAGUCUCAAUGGGAGAGACCGGAGGCGCCUGCCGACCCUGGUGAAAUCCGCUGCAGCCAUCUCCUAGUGAAGCAUGCUGAGAGCAGGCGUCCAUCGUCAUGGAGAGAAGAAAACAUCACUCGUACUAAGGAAGAGGCUUUGGAACUUCUGAAAGGCUACCGCAAGCAGAUUGUGGCUAGCGACGCGACUUUCACUGACUUGGCGUCUAAGUACUCUGACUGUUCUUCUGCUAAGCGUGGAGGAGACUUGGGCUUGUUUGGCCGUGGACAAAUGCAGGCUCCGUUUGAAGAAGAAGCAUUCAAACUAAAGGUGGGGCAGCUCAGCCGGCCCGUUGAGACUGACUCCGGAGUCCAUAUCAUCCUAAGAACUGCUUAG